CCAAAAAGUUUCAGAGAACGCCACCGAACGACGUCGUAAAGAAGCUUCCCCUCCGUCCGAAGAAAAUCCAUCUGCAACUCCAAGCCAACAAAAAUGGCGUUCCUUCAAAAGCAAAACCCUUCUCGCAAAAGACCUUCCUCCUCCUCCUUCCCUCCGCCCAAAAUCCCCAAAUCCACCUCCACCUCCGCCUCCGCCGCGCCAAACGACGCCGUUGAAACUCCAUCGACGGAAAGGAUGAUCGCCAUUCUGGCCGAGGCCGGCUGCACUCUCAUCAACCCAUCCGGCCCCCCCUGUAUCCCCUCCGAUCACCACAAGCUCCGUCGCCAACUCCACCACGCCUUCUCCUUUUCCGAGAACGCCUCUGCUCUUCGCGCCGAUUUCCUUGCCGGCCUCUCCUCCUACAUCCAGUCCCCCAGAAAUCUCCGCAGGAUUCUCGCUCCUUUGAAGAGCGACGGCUUAGGUUCCGCCAGCGACAGCUUGAUGCGACAUCUCCUGCUUGUCCCUUCGAUUCAAUUGGACCUUCAGAACAUGCUUCUCGAGAAACUUCCGGAGUAUUUCCACGUUUAUCCACAGCAUUCUGGAAUUUCGUCGAUGUCACUUGAAGAUGACGUUGCGAGGCUUAUUGUGAAUCAUUUCCGGUGGCUUGAUUUCAUUGUUGAUCCUAAUGCCUUCACGGAUAAAUUGAUGCAAGUUCUUUCGAUUUGCCCUCUGCACUUGAAGAAAGAGAUCAUCGGUUCGUUGCCGGAGAUUAUCGGCGAUCACAGCAACAGCACCGUGGUUGAAUCACUAGAAAUAGUGCUUCAAGAGGAUUCUGCCAUUGUUGUCGCUGUCCUCGACUCCUUUUCAAAUCUAAAUUUAAACGAUCAGUUGCAAGAACAGGUCAUCACCAUUGCAUUAUCAUGCAUAAGAACAAUUGAUGCGGAACACAUGCCAUUUCUGCUUAGAUUUCUGUUGCUUUCAGCAACACCAGCGAAUUUUGGUAGAAUAAUCUCGCAGAUACGAGAACAGUUAAAGUUUGUUGGGUUGUCGAAUUCUCAAGCAAUGCAUCAGAAGAAACUCAAAGGCAAGUCGCACAUGGACGGCUCGGAGGCUCCGAUUCUUGAUGCCUUGAGAUCAAGUCUUCGAUUUAAAAAUAUGCUUUGCCAGGAGAUUUUGAAAGAACUGAACUCGCUUCACAAACCUCGAGAUCACAAAGUCAUUGACAUAUGGCUGCUUAUGCUCAUUUACAUGAAUGGAGAGUCCCUGCAAAAGAAAGUAGAAAAGAUAUUCAAGAAGAAAAUCAUUGAAGGUUGUAUUCAAAAAACUAUGUUUGAUCAAUGUAUUUGCGGGCUCAAGGAAUUGGUACAGGAUUAUUUUCCAUCAUUUAUUUCUUUGUCUGAGUAUUUGUUGACAUGCAAAGAACAAAAAGCAAGGGAGUUGGGCGUCCGUGUUUAUACUAGUCUAUUCAAAGAAUUCACUGAUUCUUAUUCAAGACAAGAAGUUCUUGGUUCACUAGUUACUCUUGUGGGAUCUGGGGUUAAUUAUGCAGUCAGUUCUGCUCUGGAGACCAUGGGUUUGCUGGUCUCUGAUUAUGCACGGGAAUUGAUUCCUCUUUCUCCUCAUAUUAGUGGCAUAUUGGAUUACUUGGAAGGAUUUAACGUUGAAAAUCUGCACAAGGUCUAUGAGGUUUUUAGCCAACUGGCACUAUUUGCUCGAUCUAGCACAGAUUCAUACAGAUCUGCUUUUGCAAAUGAACUAUUGAUGAUAGUCCGGAAACAGGUUGGUCAUACAGACUUCAAGUUUAAGAAGAUGGGCCUUAUUGGCACCCUAAAGAUAGUUUCCUGUCUUGGUGAUGCAAAUAAUGAUCCCUCUCCAUCGGUUUCUCAGAAAUCAAAUUGUGAGGAGGCUUUGGAACUCUUGAAAACGUCUUUGGACUCUUGCAAACAGUUACCCUUAUCUUUGGUCAUGUUUUAUGAUGAACUGGCAGAGUUGAUGGACUGUAAAGCUCUUCAUCCAACUAUUAUAGAAUGGAUCGGAAGGCAUGUAGGAGAAUUUGAAUCCUUGUUUCUGUCGGAUAUAGAUGGUGGACAAUUGCCUAUGAAGGAGUCAUAUUGUGGUUUAGAAGGGGAGCUAUGGAUGAACUUGGACGGUGAUAUUUCACCUAUUUGUCUCAACAUAUUGCCAUUGGUUUCCUCUUCCUUGCAGUCUACUUCUUUACAAGUCCUUCCUGCUCACUUCCUUUUACUAGCUGCUAUUGAGAGGUUGACAAAUCAAGGAUCUCUUGGAGGAAUUGAUGCGCUACUUGGCUGCCCAUUGCACCUUCCUUCAUCUAAGUACUUUCUUGAAGCUGGCUGGAAGUCUCUGACUGGAGAACAGAAACAGGUUGUCUGUCUCUCUAUCUAUUAUGCAGCAAACUGGAUACGUGAACUACUCAAUGCCUUCUGUACACAAAUUGCUGGUGGAUUUGAAUGUACAAGUCAGGCUACAAAAGAGGGUAUAAUUUCAAAGCUACUGAAGCGAUUGAGGAACCUUGUAUUUCUUGAAACUUUAUUAAACUAUUCUAUUGGCCGGAGCACUAUAUCUCUUCCUGAGCUCCAUAUUUAUGUGAAUCACUCUGGGUCUUCACUGUUAAACCCAAUUUAUCAUGUGAGGCACAUGGAAAAGAAAAGUGAGCAGAAUAAAAUGAAUGAUAACACCUCUUCAAACAAGAAGACACGCAAGAAGCUCUCAAAGGCGAGCACAAGUUAUGAUUCAAAUGACAAACUCCGGCAGCCCACAAUAAUGGAAGCAUUGAGGAAAGCUGGAGCUGUAACAAGCGAAGAUGUACCCAAUGAAAAUUCUCCUGGUUUAUCUUCAAAGGGCAGUUCAGCUGAGUCAUCACAACAACACCGAUCUGACUCCAGUGAGCCUAUAGUUAUAGAGAUUUCUGCAGCUGUUAAGGCUCUUGAAAGUCAGAGAUCCAAAUUCAGGUGUCUCCAGGUUCAAUGCCUUUCCAUUUGGGCCCAUUCAAAGCGUCAGGACUCUUGUUGCUCUGAUCCUGCUGCUGAGUUACCACUAUUUCUGUACCUUCUGCGUGAUCUUCGCUACAAGCUGGAUUAUUUCACCCUUCCCAGCAAACAAUUCUCAUGUAGAUUCUUAAGUGCUCCAACCGGGUUCACCAGGUUGACAGUAAAUCAAUUUUUAAGCAAAGUUAGACAAGUUUUUCCAAGUCUUAAGAGGCACUUGGAUAGUGCUGUUCGUUUAUUUAAAGAAGGUGAUGGAUAUUGUCAAGAACAUUGGAAAAUUCAAUCUGCUUCCGCUGGGAACCCAUAUAUUCCCAUGUUUGUACUUACAAGAUCUUCAGUGUCUGCUUUGGUCCUUAAAGAAAUACUUCAUUACUUUCGUGAGAUAAUUAAUUUACCUGAAAUCCAGAUGAACGAAGCAAUUGUUUUAAACCUUCUCGAAGCCUUCCAGCCUGUCAAGAUCCCAGAUGAUUUCUUUUCAGGCGUGCAGAUGAAGCUCUCUCCUGGGACUGCAGAGUACUUGUAUUUCGGUGCUUACUCAUAUGUUGAAAUUGUCCUGAAUGAAGCUUGUUCUUUCUCCUUUAUGCUGGCCUCUGAAUCUCUUCUUACCCUGGAGUCAAUUGCAACCUCAGUCCAAAAAUUCGCAGAUAAGUUCAAGGAGGAAAAUGGUAACCAGAUGAACUCAGAAUUUAUCAAGGGGGCUCUUCCUAUCUUAUGCAACAAACUUGGAACUUCUGCUGAGAAGCUUUUGAGGCAUGCAUGGGAUACUGAGAAUCUUGAGAAUGGUUGGAAGGACAAAGGUGACAUGAUUCAAAAGGUUCUUCGCAUUUACUUGGAAAACAGUGAUCCCACUUCUGCUUUGCUCGCUGAGAUAGCUCACUCUAGUUUUUCUGAGGCUUUUUCGGGCAAUAGAAUGGAAGAAGAUAAUUGUGGUUUUCCAACUCUGAAUUCUGCAACAUUCAUUGUAUGGUACAGGGUACUGCAUGAAAGGAACUUGAAUGUUCUCAAUAGAUUGGUUAAGGAAGCCAUUCUCCAUGGGAAGCCUAGAGCCAAUGCUCAACGUGAAACUGUUGAAGAAUUAUUCGUCAAGCUACAACAUUCUGUAAAUGUGGUGGUAUCAUUAGUUACCCUUUGCAGGACAUCUGACAAGAUGACUGUGCAUGCUAUGGCCGUCAAAUAUGGUGGAAAGUUUGUUGAUUCUUUCUUGAAAGUUUUUGACUUCUUGCGUGCUCAAUUUGAAGUCCAUAAGGAGUCCAUAAUCCAAAUGGUGAAAGAGCUUCAGAAGGCCACAAGAACUAUACAAGCCUUAUGUUCUGAAGCAAAGGGCUUGAAACAAACUGCUAUAACUAGCAAAAUUCCUGCUACCAAGAGGUCCAUGGAACGCUAUUUAUUCCAUGUCAAGGCUCUUCUCCAUACAACAUCAAGUGGAUGCACAUUUUGGUUAGGUAACCUAAAACAUAAAGACUUGACAGGACAGGUUGUGAGCUCUCAAGCAUAUGUGGAUAAUCAAGGUGACAAUGCCAUAGAAGAUCCACCAGCAACUGUUGACGAAAGUACACCUGUCAGUAAUGCUAGUGAAGACGAUGGCGAAGCAGAAUGAAAAGCGUGUAACGUCACAAGACAAGCUUUAACCAGAACGAAUAAAGCAACCCAAAAAUGAAGUGAGUUAAUAAAAUUUCAGUUCUAGGGAACUUCCAGAGACAACUUAAGAUGCAUUGUGGGUGCUUGCAAUGCUUCUGCUGUAAGGACUCCUUAUUUGACCAUUAUGAUUAAGAUAGACGGCCAUUC